AUGUAUAUUUUAACUCUAGGAGAUUCUGGAUAUCCCCAACUCCCAUGGCUUAUGACACCAUUUUUAGACGCUGAGUCCAAUAAUUAUAAUGAAAAACACAUGAGAGCUCGAGUUGUUAUUGAAAACACAUUUUCAAGGCUGAAAAAUCGAUGGCGAUGUCUGCACAAGGAUAGAGUUUUGCACUACAAGCCCGUAAAAUGUGCACACAUUAUUUUAGCAUGCUCUGUGUUACAUAAUAUAAUUAUUAAUUUUGGUGUUGAGGAUACAGAGGAAAAUAUAGGUCUGCAAUUUUAA